AUCGCGGAACGGAUUUCAGCAAUGAGCGGGGACUAAAUAAAAUGUGUGGACCGGAACCGGAUGUUGGAAAAUGUGUUUGAGUCAAAAAUCAACAUAUCGAACUCAAGCUGUGAAAGGGUGUUACACCGAAGAACCCGAAGGACUGGAAAGUGUUACAGAUUUCUUUUCCUUGAAUGUCUGGAUGAGAAACGUUUCCUUCAAGAAAUCAACUAAGGACUAAAGGUCGGAUAAUAUUUGCGCCAUGAAUCCAUCCAAUCCGUUUGGAAGUCCACAAGGUGGAGCUUUCCAAGCUCCAAGCAACACUAUGAAGACUGGAUUGUUCCAGUCAUUUGGACAGCAAAGUUCCAACAACCAGCCCCAAACUAUGGGAUUUUUUCAACCAUCAGCGUUUGGACAGCCAUCUGUCUUAAACCAGUCCUCACCUCAUGGAAAUACCAUGUUUGGGCAGGCCCCUGCCUUUGGCCAGUCAACUUCACAGCCUCCCUCGCUGCCCACAAUAAGCCAGGCUCCAGCAUUUGGACAGCCAUCCUUAGGAAUGAGUAGCUCAGGCUUUGGGAGAGGCACAGCACCUGCUUUUGGACAGUCUAGUGGAUCAAACCAGAGUACAGUUUUUGGGCAGACACCUGCCUUCGGGCAGACUUCUGCAUUUGGGCAGGCCCCGGGAUUUGGCCAGCAGGCCCCAGGAUUUGGCAAACAGCCACCAGGAUUUGGCCAACAGCCCGCUGGGUUUGGAAACCCCCAGAUGGCUUCUGGAGCCACCUCUGCCUUAGGGCAACCUCAGCCACUGGGAUUUGGACAGUCUGCGUUUGGGCAGCCAUCAUCUACCAGUGUCACCACCAGUGUAUUUGGCAAAGCUCAGAGUGUGACCCAGAGCAGAGCCUUUGGGUCAUCUGAAUUCAGUUUCAAGCCGGCCAAUGAGGCACUUUUCAAACCCAUCUUUAGUGUCAGCCCUGAGCCUGCUAACCCUCAAACUACUUCAAUGUCCAGCUCACCUUUUGGCAGCAGUGGUAACCAGACAAGCUCCGGCACCACGAGUAACAGCAGCACCACCACUGGCUUCUCUAUGUUGACAGGUGACAAGUCUGGACCACUGGGCUUUAGCUUCUCACAGCCAGCUGCAGCCCCCUCUAUCUCUACUCAAAACAAUCCACUAACAACUAGCAAUAGCAGUGGUCCCACAAACACUCUGCAGUUCACCUUUUCCCAGCCAGCCCCUCCCUCCAGCUCCAACACUAAGGCAUCCACCACCCAGCCCACCACCCCAUCUUCUUUCAGCUUUUCAGUCAAAGCCCCCCAGCCCCAGACAACACCCCUUUUUGGAGGAACCAAUUUUGGUCAGCCCUCAGCUUUUGGCGACACCAAAGAUCAAACAGAGAUUAGCACAGAUGAGAAAAGGAACAACCUUGAGGCACUAGGGGAUACAAAUAUAUUUGCACGAUUUAGCAAAGGCGCCAAGCGCAAGGAGGAUCCAGCAGUCCCCAGCAGUGGCCCAGAGAAGCCUGCCACUGAGGAGGAUGUUCCAGUAGAAGCAGAUUCACCAAGACAUCCCCCAAAGAGGCCCCUAAUGAGGUCCCGGGGCCCACCAGGAGGCUUAUUCAGUAGGGCUCUAAGUGGUCUUCGUAGAGAAGGCCCUAACCCAGUAAGGCGAGAGGCCACAAAGGAGACUCAGCAGCAGGCAUUGAAGUGGGAGGAGACAGAGAGGCAAGAUAUCAACGAUGAGGAUGACAACCUGGCUGCUACACCACCCACUGUACAAGCACUCAGCAGGGAUGUGUUGGAAAAAGCUGAGGAGUCAGAUUCAGCAAAAGCCCCUGACCCGAAGCGUGAAACCCUAACCCCUGUGAAACGUGGUGCACGCAGGGAGAGCUGGGAGAGCCUCGGCGGCAUGUCUCCUACCGACUGCAACGCCAUCCAGUGCAGGAAUCUGCCUCCAGCCCUCAACAAAAAGGACACAAUCGAGAAGCACUUUGCUCGUUUCGGCAAAGUCUCUAAGGUCUCGUGUCAUCCUCCCAAGAACCUGGCCAUAGUACACUUUGAUGACCAUGCAUCAGCGGCAAAGGCCAAGAAGAAAGGCAAAGUCCUGCAUCGACAUGAACUCCUCCUCUUGUGGCAGAGAAAGAAGCAGAGUAAAUACAACCUAUUUCUAUUAAAGCAUAUGGAAUAUGUGGAUCACACAGCAGCCAUCAAGGAGUACAGUCGCUCAUCAGCUGACCAGGAGGAGCCCCUGCCACAUGAGUUGCGCCCUCUGCCUGUGCUCAGCAUGACCAUGGACUAUCUAGUGACUCAGAUCGUGGACCAGGGCCGUGACAACUACCGGGACUGGUAUGACUUUGUUUGGAAUAGGACCCGUGGCAUCCGUAAGGACAUCACCCAGCAGCACCUGUGCUGCCCACACACAGUAUCGCUGAUUGAAAAGUGCACACGCUUCCAUGUGCACUGCGCCCACCACCUCUGUGAGGAGCAUAUGUCAUCUUUCGACGCCAAGAUCAACAACGAGAACAUGACAAAGUGCCUGCAGAGUCUCAAAGAAAUGUACCAGGACUUGGCGACGCGUCAAAUCUACUGCCCCCGGGAGGCAGAGUUCCGCCAGUACAGCGUGCUGCUGAAGCUCAACGACGGUGACAUCCUGCGUGAGGUGCAGCAGUUCCGGGACAAUGUGCGUAACUCGCCUGAGGUGAAGUUUGCAGUUCAAGCAUUUGCCGCAGUCAACAGCAACAACUUUGUGCGCUUCUUCAAGCUGGUGAAAGGAGCCUCCUACCUCGCCAGCUGCCUUCUACACAGAUACUUCAAUCAGGUUAGAGCUAAGGCCUUGAAGACCCUGAACAUCGCCCACACUGUGGGUCCGCGGUCGACUGCGUUUCCAGUCGAGGACAUAGCCCGGAUGUUUAUGUUUCACAGCACCACAAAAGCAACUGACUUCAUCCAGCAGUAUGGCCUUAAUGUCAUUGAUGGUAUGGUUGAGCUGAGUCGGACAGCAUACCAGGAGCCAGAGCUGCCGCUGUCCCAGAAGAAGUCCGAGGUCAUCCUCGCAAAGAAAACAGUGUUGAUUGGAGAGGUGGUGAACGGAGGCCCCCUCCCUAACCCUCCCCAGCACACCCCUAUCUGCAGCUUUGACUCCCAGAACAAGUACCAUGGAGAGGGCCCUCUGCCUGAGCCCACUUCAAGCCAAUUUAAAGCUGUUGCUGCCAAAGAGGAGGUUAAGGGACCACCCGGCGUUGAGUUGCAGCCGCAGGUUGCAUCACUUCUAGACACUCCCUCUGUGUUUGGGCUGCCUCCAGCUGUUACAGAUGAGCCGAGUGAAUCGCGUUACAGCUCCGCCCACCCAGCCGGCGCCCAGCAGCUCUUGCAGCCGAUUUCUCAACCUCAGCCUGUCAAAUCGCCAUCACCUCCAGCCACACCUCAGCCGGUAUACAACGAUGAGGACAUAAUGGCUGAACUAGACUGUGUGAUUGAAGAGGUGGUUGCAGCAGCAGUGAGGGAGGUAGCCGAUGUUGGUGCGAGCUACGUCACGACAGCUCUUGCUGAGAGCAGUGUGCAGGUGGAGUCACUGGUGAAUGAGGUGUUGGGACAGAUGCUGCAGGAGCUGUCUUCCAGCGAGAUCAGGUUGGAACAGGAGCGGGUUGCUGAAGAGAAACGCAAGCUUGAAGAAGCCAGAAGGAGGCAGGAGCACGAGGCUUUCCUGGCUCAGUUCAGCUUCUCUCUCUGCACAGAGAUCAUCCAUGAAGUUUUAGAUGAGACCAUCAAGGAGUCCGCCACCUCUGAGAUCCAGCGGGCAGUGAAUAAGAAAGCAGAGUGUGUGGCUAAGUGCACAGCGCAGGUCUGUGCCAAUCUAGUUGAGGAGACUCUGAAUGCAGAUAUUGCUCUGAUGGUUGAGGAAAUCCUCGAUGCUGAGCUGCAACGUAUCCACAAGUACAUUAAAAGGUGGCGUGAUGUGGUAGCAGUGCGUCGGCAGCUGAAGAGACAGAUGAGAGGUUUCCCCGCCGCUCCUUGCUGUGUGGACCCUCGAUUCAAACUCAAGGCACUGGCCCCCAGCGCCCCUGCAAAGCCCUGCAUAACAGAUCUGUCCCGUGGCCUGGUCAACCUGGGAAAUGCUGGCACCCUAGCCCUGUCUAGCACCAGGUUAUUAAAAAUGAGGCAACAAGCAGUCCACCAGAUGAGAGUCCACUACUACUAUCAACAGCUGCUUGAUGACAUGGUGUGGGCGCCGCUCGACCUGCCAGCACUGGCAACAGAAAACAUCCCUGACCCACCUGACCGAAUCUUCUGGAAAGUUGCUCUCCUCUUACCCAGCGACCACGAGAGUGUAGCCAGCCUGGCAGACAGCAUCCUCUCAGACUGGCUGGAGGUCAAACUUGGGGGUGGCAAGUCAUCAGAAGUCAGGGAGGAGCAGCCAGAUGGCACACUGCGGACCCUCUGUGUCACCAACACAAUGCAAGAGAAAGCAGAGCGCACUCACAAAGUCCACAUCAGCGUCAAGGCGUCCCGAGGCCCACUGACCGAAGACAGCCUGUCCAACAUGGAGGAGAGCUGUGAGCUCCAUGGGACAGGAGCUCUGAUAAUGUUGCUGCCCGCCAUGCCCAUCAUCGAGCCCGGACACGAUGAGCAGGAUGUGCCUCUGCUGUCAGCCCUUCUUCAGCUCAAACAGCUACAACAAGCCAGCACCUGGCACUGCCCACUGCCUCUGGUCAUUCUGGUGCCAGGACCUGAUGGCGGCGCUGAAACACAGAAACUUGUAGAAGCCCUGAUGCUGCACACACUGGUCAAGGAAGGCCUGAUAUCAGAGUACACAUUCUUCUUCAUACCAGAGACCACAAGCGACAUCCAGGGAUCCAAACAGCUAAGCCAGGCCAUGCGUUGGCUGCUGGCCCGUGCUCCACCACCCUUCCCGCUCUCCUGCCAGACCCUGGUGCAGCUUGUAGAAGCCAGUUUGAGUCGUGAGUUCAGUCCCAGACUUUGUGCCCACCACCAGGAUCGAGCUGCUGCAUGUCUUCCUGCACAGGACCCUGCACCUGUCAUCAAGCUGUACAACGCCGUCCUGGCCCACAUUGCUGACAAAGUCUCAUCCCAGGAUCUCUGCAAACUCUCGUGGCCGCCUGUCGAGUUCUGCCUGGCUGGUACCCGUGACUUUGUUCCUCAUCUGGGCUGGAACUCAGAUCAGCACCUGGCCUGGUUACACACAGCCAUCCUCAGUCUGCAGCUGCCACAGUGGGAGCAGCCAUCUGCCACUGACUCGUGGUCUGAGCUCUGCUCCUCCAUCUAUCGCUAUGCGGCUCAGAUCCCAGUCUCACGUCGCAGUCAGCCUCUCCUAAUGUCACGGCUGGAAAACCUUCUGGAAAGGGUCAGGCUAAAGGUAACCAUGGGAAAAUGGGGCAAUGGAGAUGAGAGUGUGUGUCCAGCCUACAGUCAGAUCCCUUGGGACGACGUGCUGGUGAUUUGCAUAGACCACAAGCUGAAAGACUGGCAGAUACCCGGACCACCUGCCUGUGAAGAUGCUGUGACAGAGGAUGGCGAGAUCCUGGUUUACUUCCCCACAGAGUCACUGAAGGGUUUCCAGCCACCUGAGGAAUGGACCCAGGCCGUCAGACAAACACACAGGGAGAAGCAGCAGGAGAAGGGAGGGUCAGGUUCAACUGCCUGUGCCCCGCCUACCGGCCUGUCCCUCAGACAGCGGUUGUUCCACACUUUGGCGGAGCCUCUCGAAGCCCCGACAGCCCCUCUGGACAUCACACACACUCCUACAGCACAAGAGCUGCUGGCCCACAAAGUCCUCCAGAGCUUAGCGGAGGAGAAGGCUGAAAGCAAAAGGAGCAUGGAGCAGCUUCAACGUUGGCUGGAUGGUGACCCCUUGGACCAUUUGUCCACGCCGCUCUUCAUUCCAUCCUCCACCCUGCUGUCCAUGCCCACAACCAUAAUGCACACCCCCAGAGCCAAGACUAGAGAGGCCACACUUGCACAGGAGCUUGACGAUCUGUCGGAGAAAGCAGACUGGCCUAAAGCCAUUCCCGUGUCUAUGUCACGGCGACUGAAGGAACUCGAGCGACAGAUUUUAGCGAGCCAAGAGGAAGAACUGGCCUGCAGACUGAAGCUGAGUGGUCUGCUGAGCAUUGUCGAUGACUGAUGUACUGUUGCUACCCAAACUUCUAAAAAAUGUCUUGAAAAGUGAGGACAAACAAGCCCUUUGCCUCCAACAACAGACUACUUUGAUGUAUUUGCUGAGCUCAUGCUGAGCUUCUUUUUUCUUUUUAUUAAGGUCUGGCUGUGUACAAGUAGAGAAGAAAAUCAAUAUUUUUACCCUUGGUUUAAUUUUGUUCCACUGAUUUAGCAUUUCUAACUUUAAAACGUGUGUGUGUGUGUGUGUGUGUGUGUGUGUGUGUGUGUGUGCCCGUAAGUACAAAUAC